AUGUUCAGAAUGCCUCCUUGGAUCAUGACUCUUCUUCUCCUUCCACUUUUUCUAGCAACCAGGGUACAAGCAUUCAAUACAGUUCACACAAAUUGCACACUUCCGCCCGAGCACACCAAUUUUGUCACAGCCCCCAAUACCCGUGGGACCUUGCAAAUCCUGUGGUCUUCCCUUUUCACUAUUCUUGCCUGCACUUGGACUGUGCUUCAUCUCAAUGUUCCUGAAUAUCAGCCGAAACCAGAAAUAAAGAACUUCAAGUGCUGGCUGGGUUGGAUGGUGAAGAAGUACCAACAUCCGACGAAGUGGUUUCUCUUGACUGUGCUUGCCCCAGAAGUACCUUUCGCCAAAUACUGGGAUGAUCAGGUCCGAGCGCAUUCUCUUUUUCAUCAUUAUGAAGAAUUUUUCGUGAAGAAGAACUGGACGAGAACUCAUGUUUUGUUUGCCAACAUGGGAGGAUUUGCGCUGCGAUACACUGCCAAUGACGAGGAGGACAAAUCCAGUUCAGAAAACGAUGAAGCGAGUACGGAAAACCAAGAUAGCAAUCCACCCGGCACGGGUUCUUCUGUAGAAGAUCAGACAUCCCCACAAGAGGGCUCGAGCACAUUGAAACAAUCGACGUCGGUGUUCAGCAACGAAAAGGCAACCCAGGAAACACAACCUACUCUCACCGAGAAUCCUGCAAAGAAAUUCGAAGGUGUUUACUAUCUGACAGCCACCGAUGCUUUUAAACUUCUAUGCAGCGCCAAAACAUCUAUUCCGGGUCUAGCUAAUGUAUCCGUGGAAGAGAUCAACGAUCGGUCCAAAACAGACGUCUUCAUGCGGCUCCUUGCCGUCGGCCAGAUUCUCUGGGUGGUUAUUCAGAUCAUAUCGCGAGCAAUAUAUGGCCUAUCUGUAACCCAGCUGGAGGUCACCGUUGUGGCCUUUGCGGUAUGUGCGGUGGGAAUGUAUAUCGUCAACCAAGGGAAGCCCAAGGGAGUCAAUGUUCCGAUUCUUUUUGAAUACCCUGGGUCGAUGAAGAAGCUGGAGAGGGAGCUCGAAAACGCCGAACUUCCUGACGGUGACGGGGGACACAAGAAGUGGAAAUUCUACAAAUGCAAGUACUGCAGCAGCGAAAAUGAAAAGAGCAGAAGCCAGCGCAAUAUCGACCGCACUAGCGAGGCUGGGAAUGAGGUCAAUGAGGGCAGUAACAGAAAGGAUGAGUCCGAAAAUAGUAACAAACUUACCACCUCACAAUCCGACUCCAACAUCCAGGGUCCUGAGACAAAUACUAAAAGCGGCUUGGAAAAGCUUACUACGACUAUACAAGCGGUGCGGAUCUUGCUUGGAUCCAAGUUGGAACCAGGAGAUUCAAUAGGCAACGGAUUCAUAAUAGAGUCCGAUGACUCUAGCGAUAUGUUCACCGACAUGGCCAUGUUUAUCGGCAGUAUGGUCUUCGGAGGCAUUCAUCUUAUUGCCUGGGACUUUCAGUUCCCCACCAUGGUGGAAAAAUACCUCUGGUGGGCGGCCGCAUUGUGGUGCACCGCUUGUGUUGUGGCGUGUACAUUGCUCGUUCUUACGCUUUUCGGACUGGAUGACAUCGAAGAAGCCUUGACAAGGUUCCUACAUAGAUUCGACCGCUCUGCACCUGGGGAUACCAAGUCUGAAGACCCGGUUGACGGUGAACCCGGCCCCAGCUCAGAGAAAACCCCUAACCAGGAGUCCGAGAGAUCAACAUCCCCACCUUUGAAUGCAAAUGAAGACGUAGAACACCAAGCCCCACGAUCACACUGCCAGAAAUCGAUACGUGAGAAAGCAAUUUUUGUAUUAAGGCGCUUCUUUCACUUCCUGCGACCUCUGGUAAAUGCGCUUUUCUACUUUGUUGCAAUCUUGUUAAUCCCAUGCGCGAUUGCUUAUAUUGUGGCGCGGUUAUUUAUUGUUAUUGAAAUGUUGAGGACAUUGGCCUUUCUUCCACCAGAUGCUUGUGUUGCUACUUGGUCGUCGGAAAUUCCUAGUAUCGGUUAA